CCUCGAUUCUAGGGAAGCAUUUCAGCUAUGGUGUGCGUGGCCGUGGACCAUUACUUUCCCCCAUUUAGCGAAUCGUGCGCUUUGCGGAUGAUGAUGGCUUCUGUUGUAUCAGGUUCAGGGGGGCCAAGAAAAGGAGCUACGGCAACGAAGAAACGGGCAGAGCAGAUUCUCUGGUCGAAAGAGGAGGAGACAACCCCCUGCUACUUCCCUUCCGAACCAGAAACCUUUCUCCGGCGAACUUGGCAGCUUCAGAAAAAUGGAGAUUUUACGCUAGCCUCCAUGGCCAUUUGCCCCAGCUACCAUGCUUCUCCGGCCAAGAUCUUCAACCAGUUAGACACAUUCAUCUGAUCGAGUUUCUGUCGUAUUGGUACAUCUGGGGAAGAAAGACUCCCAAUCGAGCAUUUCAUCAAACAUCAGAUGCAAGAUUUUGGGUUCCUGAAAGGAUUCAAAAACUUGUACAUGUGCUUUCGCAUGUCAAAGUACCUAUAUAAGGAGAAAAAAAAG